AUGAUUCCUGUGGUUUCUUCCUUUGUCCAAUACAAUUCCUGUCCUUUCAAGUAUCAACAAUCUACAGUUCUCUUUGGAUUCAAACGGGCGACUAGUGCAGACAAGUACAAGAAGAAAUCCAGCAGCAAUAACAACAGCAAUACCAAGAAAUCCAAAGAACGCUCCGCGAAAAAACUAUCAGCAUCGAAUGAUCUGUUGACCAAUCAUCAGCAUCGACUCUCCACAGCCGGUAAGAUUGGAACACUCCGGUAUGCCGAUCCUACCAAAAUAUUCAUUGGCAAUUUGAAUACUACCACUACUGAAGACCAAUUACGAGAAUUGAUUCUCCCCUUGGUUGCCACUCCCUGGGAUAUUGCCAAGAUUCAAAUAGUUCGAGAUUGGAAGACGGGAGACAGCAAGGGGUAUGCAUUUGUGGGAUUUACCGAACCUAUUUUUGCCACGUUGUGCUUGCAAGAACUGCAGGGCCAUGAAUUUUUGGGUCGAACUCUAUCUGUCAAACCUGCCAAAAGCAAGAGUGAAUCGCCACUCCGACAAGCCCAACGACAAGAACAACAGCGCCUCAAGGCACUGCGUCGUGCCCAAAAUCCACCUCCACCACCUCCUCCUCCCAAACCCGAAGAUCCCGCCUUUUUGGCAUUUCUCGAUCCGGAUUUGGCAGUUGGAUUGGAAGCUGUGGGGACCGAUGAUGAGGAUGACACGGAUGAUGAUGAUUAUGAUGGAUGGGAAGUACCCGGAUCGGCACCUCCCAAGGGAUUUGGAUGA